AUGGAAUCUUUGCCAAUCCACCUACGACCUGGUACCGACGAGCCGAUUGAAUGCUGGGAUGAUGACGACGACUUGCAGUUCAGCGAAGAUAUUCACUUUCGCACCGCAUCUAGCGCGGGGUCCCUAACAAACUCGUCGUUUCGGCCCUCUGGGCACCGAGAUUCUAUCUCCUCUCGUCGCUCUGCUCGCUCAGAUAUUGACUCUAAUGCGGGUGACGAAGACUGGCAAGUUCCACUCUAUGACAAUGACGAAUUUGCAAAAGAGGAUGCUAUUGCCUCGGCCAAGACUGCGGGCAUUCCCAUUCCCCCAGAUAUCCCCAAGUCAGCCCUUAUUGGGGGUACGAUCAAGCGAUUGUCAACUCGAAAGACCAAGCAAACUUUUGUUGACGACUGGUCAGAAGAUGUUGAGCUUCCGGGCCCCGAAACCCUAUUGCAGCUCAAAACUCCUCAGGAAACAUGGUUUCCCGACACGCUGCGACAUUUGAGCUCCACUGCUACCAGUCCAGUGAAAUCCACGGCCUCGCCAUCUUGGGAUGAGGAAUUCUCGACGCGUUUUCAAUCUACCUUGGGACCAUUUGACACCUUCCAAGAUGACAAUGGUAGUCUGGAAGCUCGAGACAUCCCGACCCUCAAAGCCCUUCGAUCUCCGAAGAAAUUGAACAUUGGCGAUGGUCUCAAUAUUGAACAGGAAGCAGACGACGACUUUAACCAGGAUUUUGAACUUCCCGCCAAUCAUCAGCCUCUCGAAUUAUCUCAUCGAAAAGCGAAUUUCUACGUUUCUAGUCCUUCUUUGGAGGACUUCGAUCUUGAGUGGUCUGAAGGAAGUAUUGGUGUACGAGUUGGUGGUACCGUAAGAGAUGGUCGUUCAGUUCCCAGUUCUUCUAUCUCCAUCGCCAGCCCCAGCGUUUCAAGUUGCCUCACGGCGGAAAGUGAAGACGAUGGCCUUGAGGGGCUCAUCAUUCCCGAAGGCCCGCUUGAUUUCAGUGCUUCUCUACAAAAGCGACAGACUGCGCAAGCUGAGAAUGUUGAAGUGCAAGGAAGUCAGGCGGAUCAUUUACCUUCCGAUUCCGACGACUUCUUUUCUGGUAUUGAUAUCGACAAUGAGAAGGCUUUCUCCUUUGGAAAGCCCGCUCUAAAUCCUAACAUAAAGUGCAAGACAGAACGGCCAUCCAGCCCGACUCGUCGAUCUGCAACAACACUCACAUUCACCAGUGCGACAGGAUCUCCACGAACUCGCAUCCCACGCUUGUCCGGUCAUGAUCGAACCCAUUCGACCCACCUUGAGACCGUGUCAGAAAGUGGUGCACCUCUUUCCAAAUUUCGAACGUCACAAUCGCGUUUGGGGCAUUCAUCUCAAGCGUCCACUUCAAGUCUUCCAGCCCCUAGCGCUAAUCCGACAUCGCCGACUCCCACACUCUCUAGUCGACGGCUUCUCGGGUCUCGCAAUUCUCGAGACAUCACCCAAACCGGUGAGGGCAACCCUUCAGCUAGGCGCCUCAAGACCAAGCGAUCCCUGCCAUCGAUUCGUGGCUUAGGCUCUGCUAGUUCAAUGACCACUUCCCAGCGACCACCGGUCGAUCGCUCAGUUCGCCUUCCCUCUGGCAGACCUAAAACACCGGUGGAUCCCUCCGCAACUGAUGUGAGGUCGCUGGGUCGUAGGCCACAAGUGCCAUUUAUGCCGGCUGGUGUAUCGGAAUCUCAAUCACACCAUGCUAGUGUGAAGGGGUAUCGCUCAUCACGUCGCACAAAUUCAGAUAGCUCUGGUGGUCUUCUUAGUCCGCAGGGCACGGUUUCCCGACUCUCCCGACCAACUCGCAAUGAGCCGUUCCGUGGUGGGUUCGGCGACACAAGCGCCGACUCUCUCGGUUCUACAAAGCGCACAAUCACACGACCCGCUAAACGACGCAACUUUGGGGAUGGGACCGAGUUGGAGUCCUUUGAUGAUCUUUCUACAUCGGUGCUGGCAGAGAGCAAGUUCGUCAAAACCCCCACCGGUCGAGGUGCUCCAAGGUCCAUCCGCGCCAAGCUCAGCCAGAGUCAGAUUGAUGCCCAUGAAUCUCCCUAUCCAUCUUCAACGUCCUUAUCCACCUCCAAGUUACGCAGUCCAACCCCUAGAUUUGCACGAGAUACAAAUGCCUCCAGAAAUGCAAGGGAACAACGCAUUGCGUCCAUGGUCAUGAAUUCAAAAAACCGUGAAUCGAAUCCACUUUCGACCUUGAACUCAAACUGGAAAGCCCAACCUACCUCAAGGAUGCCCCCGGCCUCUGCAACCGUCAGAAGUCGGAAAGGUAAAUCAAAUGUUAAAUCAACGUCCAAGCCGCACUUGAUCAAGCCCAUGGGGUCUGGGGUGCAGGAUGCCAAAUCUGUGAGAGGUAUGCGUUAUAACCCUAUCAAUUUUCGGUGGGAAGGCAACGAAAAUCUGGUUCAGGAAUUUGAUGUCACUUCCAAAUCCCCCAAACCUGCCCCAGCUCUUAUCGCCAAUGUUGGAGCACAGAAUGUCCAGACUGUUGGUGGAAUGGUGUUUGAUCCACAUCGCAUGUGUUGGCUCAAGGCAUCUGACGGUGCAGACGAGGAUGUGUUUGCCGGUCUGGAUGACUUGGAUGAAACACUCACAGGUAGGGCGUUUGAGCAAUACCCGGCCAGUGCGGGUGAAUCCUCUGACGAAGGACCUAUGACGGAGGAAUUUGAUGUCGGUCCAGAAUUCAUUCGACGACAGCGGGCUGAGGAAGAUAAGUGGAGACGCAAGGUUGACAAAUGGAUGUUCGAUCGAGGUGAAUCUCAGCAUUGGAUCAUCCGCGAUUUGGCCGGGGAUGAAUGUAUAUGA